AUGUGCCUGCCGCAUGCAGUUCAGGAUGGCAUCAAGGGCACCCUGCCGUUGUACCGGGGCACGCUCGAUGCAGCAAGGAGCAUCGUCCGGCAGGAGGGCUACCAGGCCCUGUAUGCAGGCCUGGCGCCUGCAGUCCUGGGUGCGGGCGUGGCCUGGGGGGUAUACUUCUUCACCUACAACCGCGCCAAGGAGCGAUACAGGGCCUGGCAGGGCAGCAGCGGCAAGCUCCCUGCCCAUCUGCAUCUCGCCAGCGCCGCCGAGGCAGGAACCCUGGUGUGCUUUGUCACCAACCCCCUGUGGGUCGCCAAGACCCGAUUGCAGCUGCAGCAGCGCCAGGUCCUGGCGGCCAGCAGCGCUGCAACAGCCGCGGCCGCUGCAGCCCCCUACAGGGGCCUGGUGGACUGCCUGGUCAAGAUCGGCAGGCAGGAGGGCAUCCGGGGCCUGUACAAGGGCCUCGUCCCAUCCCUCUUCCUCGUCUCCCAUGGCGCCAUCCAGUUUGCGGUCAUCAGGUCCCGGCUGCAGCAGCGCGUGGACCCCAGCCGCAGCGUGCGUUACGUGGGCGUGGCGCAUGCCCUGCGCCUGACCCUGCGCCGUGAGGGACUGGCCGGACUGUACCGCGGCCUGGCGCCCAAUGUACUGCGUGUCAUGCCCCAGUCCGCCAUCACCUUUGUGGUGUACGAGUCCAUCAUGAAGUGGCUGCAGCCCCCGCCGCGCCAGGGGUCGUCACGCCCUAGCUGA